CUACUCUCAAGGUAGUUGACCCGAAUUCUUAGACUUUAACAGACGCCUAUAUCUAGCUUAGUAUUAGAUUUGUUGAUAAGGUCAAUAAGCCAUCAAUAAGGAUGUCCAACCGUAAAAUUGGUAUUUUAGUAGAAUUCAACUUUGAGGAUGCUGAGCUUAUUUAUCCCUACUAUCGAAUGAAAGAAGCAGGAUUUGAAACAGUUCUUAUUGGGCCUGUAGCUGGGAAGCAGUACAAUGGGAAACAUGGCUACCCUGCAACUUCAGAAGUGUCAGUAGACAAUAUUUCUGCCCAGGACUUGUGUGCCUUGAUUAUACCUGGUGGCUGGGCCCCUGACUACUGGAGGAGAGAUCAGCGAUUCUUACAGUUAGUUAAAGAUAUGGACAGUCAAGGUAAAAUCCUGGCUACCAUCUGUCAUGGUGCUUGGAUGCUGUGCUCUGCAAAGAUUUUGAAAGGGAGAAAACUCACUUGUUUCUGUGCUAUUAAAGAUGAUGUGGAAAAUGCUGGAGGUUUAUUUGAGGAUAGUCCUGUUGUCAUUGAUGGAAAUCUCAUUACCUCUAGAUUGCCCAAAGACUUGCCAGAUUUCUGCAAAGCCAUUUUGUCACAGCUUGAAAUUUGAAUUGCUUAUGUUGUUUGGUUGUUUUUUUAUUAAUUAUAUUUUUUGUUUCUUUUGUUGAGAGAGUUAAAAGUGCAGUAUUUGAAUGUUGUGUACAGAGGAGUACAAGAAGCAGCAAUGGAGUUGUAGAAUGAAUCUUAUAUGUGAUGAUCAUAAGCAGCUGUUGUUUAUACAAAUAAAUAAUAAUUUCAUGAAAAAAUUAAAUGUUAACAAUAUAACCUGUUUGGCCUUGUUGUAGAUAUUGUUGUUAUUUGCCUAUUUAAGUCACGGCUCGAUUAGUAUAGCCAAUAAAACUAUUGAAAUCUUCCUUAAUCUUUGGACUCCAUCUUUUAAGGUCAAAUAAAUAUUUACUUAAAUGAAAUUAAAUGUUUGGUAAGAAGGGGUCGUACAAAGAAAAGCUGCUGCUUACCUGGAAAAGCGGAGGGAUUUUGUUACGCAAACUGUUACAGCACCCCUACGACCAGGUCGAUGAGAUGAGCAUGAAUGCAGAAGGAGCGUGACAAGAGGGACAAUAAGAGUGGCCACCUUUAUUUUGUUUAUUAGAGUUAGCCCCCUUUAUUACUUGAUUUAAAUUAAGUCCCUGUCAACUGUUUACAAUUUCCACUCUCUCUUGAGUCUUUCAACUGACCAGUGUAUUUUGAAUUAAAUCUAUAUACUGUUUAACUAAUACUUGUGUUGUACUAUUGUUGUGUUACUCAAGAGGAGUGUGCCACUGUUGUGGGAAGAGUAUUUCAAUAAUGAGCUAAGUAGACUUUAUCAAUUUGUUAGUACUAAAUUGAUUUAUGUAAAUGGUAAAGGUCUACUUAGUCUCUUAUCCUCUUCUGUAUGUUUUUUUUUUGAAAGACAUCUUUUGUUUAGAUACGAGACAGUAGUGUGUCUCAUGAAUGACGUCAUUUCAUUGUUAAUGCAUGUAUGAUAUUAUUGUAAACUAAUGUAAACCCUCGCUUUGGUUUUUGACAUAAAAUGUCUCAUGAAUGACGCCAUUUCAUUGUUAAUGCAUGUAUGAUAUUAUUGUAAACCAUCUUUUGGUUUUUCGGCAUAAGACAUUAUUGUGCCUCUAUGAUGGUGGUCCUUUCAUUAUAUUGACCUGAAACUGUCUUGCUACUUUGCUUUGUUUCAUUAUGUCAUUUUCUUUUGGUGAGCCUUUAUUGCCAUUUAUAUUUUUCAUGAUCUUUUCCUUUUGUUUGUAAAUAAACUCCUUUUUUUUUGUUGCAA